UUUAUAUUGUUUUACAGUGUGUACAUUGAUCUUAACAACUUUAACCGUAUUAUUUAUUAUUCUCAGGUUAGAUAAAGUCGUCUGGCAUAAAUUCUAAGCAUUUUAAAUUACUUACAAUUUGGUCAGAAGACUUCUCUGUGGUAUGUUCUUGUUCAAAGUCUUAAAACGCUAUAAAUCAAGCCUCAGUAGGCAGUUUUUGUAAUCAAUUAAAUGUCUUUUAAUUGGUUUCUAAAAAUGUACAAAAAUGUAAAGGCAAAUAAAACCUUAUCAUUAAAGUAUAAGAUACAAUAAUCAUGCUUUGAAUCAAAGGUGUAGUCAGCUCUGGGCUUCUAGGCGUCGGGGGUACUGACAUAUCAGUAUCCAAAGAGGCAAUCAACUCAUCAGUCUUUUAUACUCCUGCUGUUUAAUCACAGACGUUAGAUCAUCUUCUUGACUGACGUAAGUUGUAACUUUCCCAAAAUUUCCCAGAUCCUUCUCAAAGCCUCACAGGUGCAAGCGGUCCGCCUUUUCAUGUCCUUGAACUCCAGUAAUCUCAACCAAGAUGGUUGAUUUCCUUUUUAGGUUCUAGGAGUGGAACCACAGUUAUUUGUCUUUGAGCACACACACUUCUGUUCCUCCUUCUCAUGGGUAAGCAAACACACAUACUUAAUUAACAAUUACUGUACAUUUCUGCCAAUACAGUAUAAGGCAUUUCUUAGAAACAAAAUAAAUAACACUACAAGGCAUUAGAUUCAAUACAAGUAUAACAAAAAGGCAUCUACAUAAACAAGGAGAUAACUGCAUUUCCUAGAUAUUAUACAACUCUACCUUUAGCUCAUGAUUUCCAUAUGAUAAAUCACCAUAUGAUUUCCAUGUAAAUAUUCAUUUAUUUGAUUUAAAUAACUGAAAAAAGAAAAUACUGAUUUGGCUAUUACUAAAACAUUUUUGGAGCAGAAUGGGAAAAGGGUUUAGGCCUAAGGAUGUUGUUGACCCUGACAGUGAGCAUUUCCAUUCACUUAACACCUAAAAAUGAAUGUCUAAUGAGCUUUUUAAGUAUUUCUUUUUUAAAAGCAUAUGAUUGAAAACCUAUAAGAUCUAUAAAUUAUUCAUUUUUCCCCAUCAUAAUUGUAACAUUCUCAAAAAAAGUGAAUAUUAAAUGAAUAUUUCAUUUACUCAUGUUAGUUUAAUAUUUACCACAGCUGCUAACAUGUACGGCAUGUGUCAGUUCGAAGUCGCACCUGCUGAGCGAAAAAAAAAAAAGUGUGAAACCAGAAUGUUUACACCAAGCUGGCCUUGUGAUAGCGGAGAAAGCUAAAACAUCUGAAUCAGAGACACAGCAGUUAGACGGACCACUUCAAAUGCAGCGCUCGUCUCUUUGGUGUUGCGGACUGAUGUUUUAUUGCACAAAUGGAGCAGAAAGUUGUUCUCAUUACUGGAUGUUCUUCAGGGAUUGGGCUCAGCCUUGCUGUGCAUCUCGCAUCAAAUCCGUCAAAAGCCUACAAAGUCUAUGCGACCAUGAGGAAUCUGGACAAGAAGCAACGGCUGUUGGAGAGUGUGAGAGGACUGCAUAAAGACACUAUGGCCAUACUACAGAUGGAUGUGACAGACCAGCAGUCUAUACUUGAUGCCAAAAGAAAUGUUACAGAGGGCAGAAUUGACAUAUUGGUUUGUAAUGCAGGUGUAGGUCUGAUGGGCCCUCUGGAAGCUCACUCAAUGGACACUAUACGUGGGAUCCUGGACGUCAAUCUGCUGGGCACACUUCGCACCAUACAGACCUUUCUACCGGACAUGAAGAGAAAGAGACACGGACGAAUCCUUGUGACCGGCAGCAUGGGAGGACUACAGGGUUUACCAUUCAAUGAGGUCUACUGUGCUAGCAAAUUUGCAGUAGAGGGCGCUUGUGAGAGCCUGGCUAUUCUACUCCAGCACUUUAAUAUUCAUGUGAGCCUGAUUGAAUGUGGACCAGUCAACACAGACUUCAUGAUGAACCUAAAGAGGACUGAGCCCAGCGAUGAGGCGCUGGAGGUUGACGCACACACGCGCAGCCUGUAUGAUCAGUACCUGCAGCACUGCCAGUCUGUGUUCCAGAAUGCAGCUCAGGACACUGAUGACAUUAUACAGGUAUAUCUGGAGGCGAUUGAAGCACCGGCUCCAUUCCUCAGAUAUUACACUAACAGAGCCCUGCUACCCAUGAGCAGCCUGAAAAUCACCUCCAUGGAUGGCUCUCAGUACAUCCGAGCAAUGAGCAAACUCAUCUUCUCUGCACCCAAUACAGACCCACAGAUAUAAUGCUAAGACAUCCUGUAAGAGUCUUAUGGAAAACAGUACAUUUACUAAUUAAAAGUUUUGACAUAUUAAGCAUUCAGCUAAAACUGAAGUGUUUCUGCUGGCACUUAAUGCUACAAUCACUAACAUACAGUACUCUGAAGAACUGUGAUUUGUACAACAGAGCCAGUAAAAAUAAAAGCUUUGGGUAUUUUGUCUACUAGUCUGUGUUCUUCCCUAUGCCUCAGUCCUUGAGUUGAAAUUCUGUACAGAGUUCAGCACUGUUCGUCCCUCUCACCUAAAACCUUCAGUGUUUCACAUUUUUCUUAAUUUGUUUACUAGAAUCGGAGAACAGUGAGGGUAGAGCACACUAAGUCUGUGCAAGGUCAUUAUUUUACUCUAGAUUGUGAGCGUAUCAUUCAAGGACACUGUGAACUUGAUCAUCACAUGCAGAUGUCACUGAUGCCCAACAUAUCACAGGCUCACCGAAGUCUUACACCUUCACUGUGAUAUUUUUUAGAUCUAUAGCAUAUUAUAUAGCAUAUAAAAUAGAGCCUUAACCUAAGCUAAGUCAGUUAUGAAAACGUUGUGUAAUACUUUUUAUUAGGAAAUUACCUUUCCUUUGCCCUAGAAGGAAGAUGAGAUUGUACAUUGAUAAGGUGCAAUAAUAUGCACACACUGACGUACUAAUUUGCGUGCCACAGUGUCCUGACUAUAUCCGGUCUUCCUUAGGGACUCUGAUAAGGGACUUUAGAAUGGGAUUAGAUCUAACACAAGAGAUCGGUUUUGAUGGGACAGUCACAUAACCAACUUAAGCCACUUGCAAGGAUCAGCCAUUGCAAUGCAUGACUAGUUCACAGGUUUGAAAUAAAUCAAAGGGUUAACCAUUUUGUUUAAGGUUAUUAUAUAUUUCAGUUUCAAUAAGUGGAAUAAUACCAACAGAAUACGUUGAACUUUCUUGUCCUUGCAAGAAAAUGAGACUGAUAUCUGACCCUGUGAAAUAAUUUUAGUAACUGGGCCAUUUUAGCAACUGUGUUUGAUCUUGAGCAUGAGGCACUAUAGGCUGAUAAAGUACAGGUGUAUCAUUGACUAUAAAUGUGUUUGCCGUGUGCACCACAGUGCCAACUCACCUGAAAUUGUGGACUCUGAUCUGAUCUCGGAGAGAGCAAAUUUUCUACAUCAAGACCAUUCCUGUAAUGUCACGGCUGAUGUUCUAGUUAUUACACAACAUAAAUAAGCUGCACUUUGCAAUCCUGUACUGACUGAAAAGUUAACAUUUAAGCCUUUCUGUGACGUUACCUUAAUUCCAACGGCAGUGACUGCCUUAUCUGCAUUAUUCCUGUUCAUCUUUAUGGGUUAAUGACAUGUUGGGUCAGGCUCAGGGAGAAGCGCAUUAUUCCUCCCCUCCAGUCGUGUAGAUCCUGUUGCCUCUGUUCAUGACAGGUUAUAGCCAAUAUUCUCCAAAAUAAAAUAUUUGUGAUGGCAAAUAACACACACACACACACACACACAAAGAUAAUUAAAUUUAAUAUUCAGGGCAAAUCAUAUUUUUUCAAGUAUUUAGCUAUUAAAUGCAGCAUAAGCAAUUCUGUAGAAAGGAAACUGUUGUUGUAGGAUCCCAUUUUGGAUCUCUGCUCAUCAUUAAGCAGUGAUUCUCAAACAGGAGGCCUCAAGAUGACUUCAGCAUGAAAUGGAAACUGUGAUUGCCUUUUCUUCCAUAUUGUGACAUAUAUCGAAGUGAAAGGGCUUCUUGAAAGAGAAAAAAUGUAGUUCACUCUGUCAAGAUCUGGGUUCCACUAUGGUCUUUCUUGGAAAACCUGUAGCCUACUACUGUACGAGUUUAAUUUUUAACAGUGUAAUACGCAAUAUACAAUAAGUAAGG